CUGAAAGUGUUAUAAUGGAAACUAUCCACACCUUAUAUGAAUUCGAUGUUCUGAAUGCAUCGUGCUUUGCGACUGGUGGUAGACCUCCAACAUCUUUUGAAUGGAAUUUGCUUGAUGAUUUCUAUAACAGCUCCUACGAAGAUGUCGACAAUAUCAGUCCGACUGAUACAUACAAUGUAAAAUCAGUUUUGAGCUUAGAGGUGUACAGGUCUUUUGAUAAACGUAAACUUACUUGCAGAGCUUUUGACAGCAUUGAUAAUGAUGGAAUCACCAGAAGCCAAACUCUUGAAGUUUAUUAUCCACCAUCUAUCAAUAUUAGAUACAAAAAUUUGACCGCAGAAGAUAAUAUCAGGGAACUCAUUUGUCAACCUCAAGGCAACCCAAUCAUCUAUAAAUUUUAUCAAUGGGAGCACCAUUCAGCACACGGCGAGAAAAUAAGGACUUUAGGCAGUGGUUCAAAUGGAAUUCUGAAAAUCCCCGAAUUGGAAAGAACGCAAAGAUAUCAAGACACUGGGAUAUACAAAUGUUUUGCUGAAAAUGGAAUAGUUGACAAAGAAGGAAAUAAGAUUCAGUCAGGAUCAGUUUUCUUUGUGAAUGAGGGGCGGCCACAAUUAUCCAUUUAUAAUAUUUCGGAACAGUUUUGCAAACUUGGAAGUGUAGGAUCACUUGUUGUAAAAUUUACGAGCUGGCCUCCACCACUUAAUCUAACUUGGUUGAAAUAUGAAGACAAUCGUAAUUUUAACCUUCAAGCUUCAGAAAGAUACACAAUGACUGAGACAGCAGCAGUUAUUAUUGAUUCCUUCCAUGAUAAGAAGAUCCAUGUAGAUGGAUACAUUGGAAUACUUCACAUAAAUGAAAUUACUCUGAAUGAUUUAACAAACUAUACCGUACAAAUUCAAAAUGAAUUUGGGAUCGAACUAUUCACCUUUUUCCUUCAUGACAUCCCUAAAUCUCAAGAUUAUCGAACCAAUGAUAAUGGAGAUAAAGGCUUAUUUUACGGAGGUCCUGCAGUGAUAUUAGGUGUUUUGUUCAUAGCUGCGGUUGUGAUCGCUUUGUUUAUUGUUUGGAAAAAAAAUAAAGUCCAUAUCGAACGUGCUAUUUAA